ACUCGCAUUCGUGUAGUAAGAGAAACCCUCAAACUAUCUCUCUAUAUAAUUCUUGCAAGCCCUUCAAAUAUAUCAUUUUAAUGGCGAACAAUAAUAAUCUACCACGACGUAUCAUAAAAGAAACCCAGCGUCUUUUGACCGAGCAAGCUCCGGGAAUAAGUGCAUCACCUUCGGAAGAAAAUAUGCGAUAUUUCAAUGUCAUCAUUCUUGGUCCGGAGAAGUCUCCUUAUGAAGGAGGUGUUUUCAAGCUGGAACUGUUUUUGCCCGAAGAUUACCCAAUGGCUGCUCCAAAGGUUCGGUUUCUCACUAAAAUAUACCAUCCCAAUAUUGACAAGCUUGGAAGAAUAUGUCUAGAUAUUCUCAAAGACAAAUGGAGUUCUGCUCUUCAGAUACGUACUGUAUUGUUGAGCAUUCAAGCUCUGUUGAGUGCUCCCAACCCGGAUGAUCCGUUGUCUGAAAACAUUGCAAAGCAUUGGAAAGCAAACGAGACGGAAGCUGUUGAAACAGCAAAGGAGUGGACUCGCCUGUAUGCCAGUGGUGCAUGAAAAAGUUGUGAAACUAUCAUUUACUCCAAUAAUAACGAAUGAAAUUCGGAGGUGGGGAUAUUUACUUUUUUUACUGUUAGAAUAUGUCCUGUUGCAGAUUCCGGUGCACACAAACGAACACGGGUAACCCCAAGAAUGCCCUUCGUAAAAUACAAAUAAAAUUAUGCAUGGGAGCCGGUAAUCAACUGAACUUGAUUAUUGCACUGAUGUUUCUUCUACUUGUUUGCUACUUUCUUGGUUUGCUUCGUUGCAUCUUGGUCUGUUUUGCCAGUGGGAACCAACUGUUCUUUGAUCUGCGAUUUUAACCAAUGUAAAUUGGCAGCAUGUACUGUACAUUGAUCAGCCUAUCCUAAAGCCCGUUUGGGUUGGCAAAAAAUUUA